AUGGAGAGCUCGAACGUGCUGCUCACGUCCACGAAGAACUGGCGCAGCGCCCGCAGCCCGCAGCCCGCCGAGCACCCCUUUGGCAUCAAAUUGUCGUUCCUGGCCGCCCCCAGCACCAAGCGCCAGAAGGAGAGCCAGUUCAAUCUGGGCGUGGGGCUGCUGCAGCCGGCGUCCAGGGUGCGGCUGCUGUGGGAGUUGGUCACCACUCUGCUGGUGAUCUACGACGCUGCGGUCGUGCCCAUGCAGGCCUUCGGCUGGCCCCCGGAGUCCUUCACCGACGUCACAGACUGGAUCAGCCGGGCCUUCUGGACGGCAGACAUCGCGGCCUCUUUCCUCACUGGCGUCUACAUCGAUCUGGAGCUGGAGCUGCGCUUCUGGGAGGUCGCGAGGACCUACGCGAAGGGCUGGAUGGCGUUUGACGUCGUCAUCGUCAUAUCGGAGUGGGUCCCUGUCUUCGUCAUGUCGGGUGGGGGCGAGUCGAGUGGGGCGGGACGGAUGCUGGACCAUUUCCGCCUUCUUCGGUUCGCGCGAACCCUCCGGUUCUUCAAGCUCGAAAUGGUGUUUGAGCGAUUCGGUUCGGUCUUCAACUCGGCGGUGGCGUGGAGGGCGCACAACGUGGUCAGGAUGUUCCUCUACUUCGUCGUUGGGAUCCACAUGACCGCCUGCGGCUGGUUCUGGGUGGGAUCCCGUUCGGGAGAUGGCUGGGUCGCCAGGGAGAUCGAGGAGGAGGCGGGGGUGGACUAUGAGUACCUGACUUCUGUGCGGUGGGCCCUGGCGCAGCUCCACGGCGCUAGCGAGGUGGUCCCGACCAACACCUCGGAAUCGGCGUAUGCCAUCGCUGCGCUUCUGCUGGGCCUGGGUUCGCUGUGCCUGCUGAUCAGCGCCGCCAACUCAGGGAUGAUAAGGCUGCAGGAGAUGCGGUCCUCUGUGGCCAAGCAGCGGCUGCUCAUGCGAUCGUACCUCAGGAAGAACAACGUGUCGCGCGAGUUGUCCUUGGCAGUGAAGAAUUGUUUCGACGUCCAGAUGAAGCUGCGCGUCAAGGAGAGCAAUGCGGACCAGGCCCUGGAGGCCGUGGCGUUCCUGCCGCAGAACCUCCGGAUGGACAUCGAGGAAGAGGUCCGCAGCCCGUUCAUGUUCGCGAACAGCUUCUUUAGCGACAUCGACGACUGCAACCCCCGCAUCGUGCGGCAGCUUUGUCACGAGUGCUGCUCGGAGAAGUCCGUGCGCCCGACCGAGGUCGUCUUCGCGGCUGGGGACGCCUGUACUUCUAUGUACUUCGUCAUGGCGGGCGACUUCCAGUACACGCGUCUGUGCCAGAAGUCCGGGGGCGAGCGCCGCCGAGUUUCGGACACGUCGCCGAGGAAGAGGCCGGCUGCGGACGUGGAGGAUCCGGAGGCGCCCGCAGACUCUGACGACUCGGACGCCGAAGAGGACGAUUUCCGCGAGGAGUACGACAUGGGCCGGAGUUCUUGGGUCAGCGAGGCCGUCAUCUGGGUCUCGGCGUGGGGGCACUGCGGCGAGUUCACCUCCGCGGCCGGCGGAAAGCUGCUGGUGCUGGAGGCCGUGAAGUUCGCCAACGUUCUCUCGCAGCACCACGCUGGUGCCUGCGCGUACGCCGGUAGGUACGGCCGCAAGUUCGUGCAGCAGCUGAACGAGAUCCCCGAGAGGAGCUCCGUGGACAGCAAGGGCAGGACGCUCUCCAGCGCAUACCAGCACUACAUCUUCAUCUCCCACCACAAGGCCGGCGGAGGCACCGAGGCUACGCUAAUGCAGGAGGCUCUAGAGCGCAUAAUCGACAGCGACCUGGAUAAUCCUGGGCACCACAUGAUUGCACCCGUCUUUCUCGAUUCGGAGGACCUGAGCGACUUGAGCGACUUGAAAGGCCACGUGCGCAACACGAUGAACUUGGUGCUGCUGUUAACAGAGGAGGUGCUGAAGCGCCCCUGGGUGCUGGUUGAGAUCGUCACCGCGUAUCAGAAAGGCGUUCACAUAGUGCCGGUCGAGAUUUACAAGCGCGAUGACAAAACUCCAUUCAAGUAUCCCGACGAUGCUUUUUACAAGAAACUUAGCAACGGGGAGCUCCUGACGGAGUCCGAGAACGACCUCCUCAGGGACGAAAGCAUCUCUGUGGACGACCUCGAGAAGGCUUUGCGCCACGUCUUCAAGAAGAUCGCCUUGCCUUUCUCGCCGCACAAGUCAGGCAACGUGCGCGAGGCCGAGCUGACGGACAUCCUCCGCCGCUGCACGGACACCAUCCAGCCCUCCGAUCUUGGCUAUGAGGGUGGAGAACUUCCCGGCGUGCCUGACAGCACGGCUGGCAUCGCGCUCCCCAGAGGCUCGGCAGCGCCCACGGACGCCCACCAGCUCAGCCGCCAGGCCGCGCCGCAGGCGCCAUGCCAACCCUCUCAGACCUCCAGCUUCGGUGCCGUGGCUGGCGCGCAGCCUAAGAGCCCGAGCCACCAGGGUGCAACCGCUGGCAAGCCUACCCUCAGCCCUGUCGGCGAAAAUCCCGCGUCGCCAGCGACCGGCGAUGCAGCGAUCCCUGUUCGAGACGAUCCUGCCAUCAUGCUGAGCUGA